UCGAGCCACUGGUUCCCCGUGAAGUGCAUAGCCGAAACGAGACGUUCAGCUUUGAAACGACAUCACCACGAGCUUUUUUUCGAAACAUCCGAGGGUGAUCCCGUUCGUGACGCGAUCUACGCGCGACAGCUGUGACGUGGGUUCUCUUGCAAGUGUUGUUUUCGUGGUACCGUGUUGUGUUCCUGCCAGAAUCGAGGGGACGAACGAUCACGUACCAGCGAGCCAGGAUGACGGAGACGACAAUGACGUAAAGCCCACGAGGCCAAGUAGAUCCGACUGGCGGUCUGACUGGUUCUCUGUGUACGAGUAUCGUGAUCCUUGGCCAAAAUUCAUCUCGGAGCAGAGCUUGACACUAAAUCUAUCGUGUGAUAUUAAAAAUUAUGGAAAUCAGGUGGAUCGUGAGUCGUGGCACCUUCAUCGAGAUUCGAGAGAUUGGACAAUGAUUAAGGAAACAUCGCUCGAGCAUGCGAUGAUCCUUCGCAGUGCUCCCUCGUGUGAAUACUUGAAGCUUGGAAAACGUCGUCUAGUCGAUGACUGAACUUUCGUCGCAUUUUACAACUGAGACUGAUAUCGUCUAUCGUGUUAUCGUGUUCCUCAAAGAACUAUUGAAAUUACGUGAUAUUAUAAUACUUGUUGAAAUAACGAUAAUUGGUGGUUUGCUCCGUGGGACGUUAGUCCGAUGAAGGAAAUCGAUCGAAGAGUGGACGAUCGGGACGAGGCGAAAUGUGAAGGAACAGGAAACGCGAACGCGGGUAUCAAAUUGUUUCGCUACGUUGCACGACGUCGUGUUGAACGACGAAGCUGGUUGUUAACGGAAUAUCGACCGAAGACCGUAGCUACCGAAUUAGUCGUGGCGAAGGUCGCACAUAAACGCGUGCACCUCGUUCCUUGAGAUUUGGAUCAGCAACCCCAAAAAAGUGUUAAGGGUCACCUCCAAACUUCAACCUUUGUCAAACAUACAGACGAUUAUCAACGGACACAGCCCUCAACAAGCCAUUACUUCUAUAAGUUACGAGAAAACAAAGCUGACAGUCGUUCGUGCAAAGUGUUUUUUUUUAUUCGGGAAUAAUUCGUGAGUCAACGUCGUUAAUUGUGUCUUAUCCCUGCCAGUGACGCGUAUAUAUCUUUAAGAAGAUUAGAAAACUCACGACGCACGGUUCUGCAAUUAGUGCAUCCAGAUUAACGAGCAGAAACAUUGAAACCGAAAGUGCGAACUGGAUGAAACUCCCUCGAAGAACAGUUCUCUGAACGAGACCUACUGACCUAUCGACUCGUUGCCCCACCUUGUUUCUGCCGCCACAUUUCUUUUUCCUUUUUUCUACUGUUGCUGUUACUACUAGAUAUCGAAUCGACUAGGUAAAUUGACGCAUCAGAGGACACCGACCGGUGGAGGAAGUGGGCAUUAGAAGGCAGGAGGGCGACGUAGCUGCGCGUACGAACGCGCGGGUGAAUCGAAGAGAGUCGUUCUUUGAACGAGACCCACUGACCUAUCGACUCGCCGUUCCACUCCUACUACCCUAGCCGUCUUUCUUUCCUCGCCACCCUAUUUCAGCUUUUCUCCCCUGCGUUUGUUGGCGUGCCGCGUCGGGGUAUUCGUAAUUCCAUUUCGUGUUUCCCCUGACAGGGGUAACGUUCGAGGAUACGAAAGGGUCGAUAUCAACACGGUACACAUACAUAUGUACACAACGCAAAUACGUAAAUACACGUACAUAACGUAUAUAAGGACAAACGAGUGCCUAAGUAUUUUCAAUCGGUACUUCUGACUGAUCGUUCUAGGUGUAAAAAUUUCCAGACUCUCUAUUCCUUUUGCCUUUUUCUAUCUUUUCCGUAUUCGUUACUCCGCUUUGGAGAUUUUUUACUUCUUUUUUUUUAGCAUUUAUCGCCAACGUUACCGUGUUCAGGGUAUAUUAUUAUUAAUCUCGAUCGUUUCUCGCGGUUCUUUAGUUUCAUUGGAUCGUCUAGUAGAUCGAGUCAAGUAACUGAAUUAAGAUAUCGUUGAUACAAGGUGAAGAGUGCCUAAAUUUUAUGCCUUUCUCGAUUGACUGAUUAUUGAUACGUGGAUCGUGAACACGUAACGCAAUCGUUGUUACAAUCCUUGUAUCUUGUUCUCAAAUUUAUCUCGCGUACCUUAAUUGUUUCAACUUCCUUUCCCUUCGUCUUUAUCGUGAAAGAGGAUCGACGUCGAUCUCUUUCAUUACAAAGUAACGAAGGUCGACAACGUUUUGCGAUCGAUACGAUAAACAGUGCCUCGAGAUUAUUCUCUUCUCUCGACUGAUCGACGAAGAAACAUAUACAUUGUUGUAUCUUAUAAGCUUCCCUUCUUUUUCGCGAUUUUUCGCUUGUUAUUAUCUUGGGUGUGCCCGAAAUUCCUAGUUUUUCACCUUGUUCCCUUUCAUUUUCAAAAGGGGACUGAAGAUAUAGCUCGAAGACAAAACUUUAUCCAAGUGACUGAAAAAAAUCGACGACUGAUCGAAGAGAGAAAAAAGAAACUCUUUCAACGGCGAACGAUAUUCGUACAUACUUUCGACUCGAAUUUCAUCGUCUUUCUUCCUCUCGAAAUUUUUAUGAAGUUUUAUUUAUCGUGAUUAAAGGACUCCCCUUCUUACUCAUCUCAUUGUCCAGAGAACGAAUCGUGAUCAACAAGCACAGAAUGAUAACGAUCGACUAUACACGAGAAAAGUACACGAAGGUCAGCAAAAAUUGAUCGUAUACCGAUUACCUUCCCAUGUCUUGCAUUCUCGAUGCACCAUCGAUCUCGUUAACGUAUUAGCCGCCAUUGAUUCGAUCGCACGAAUGCGACCACGGGAAGAAUUAAUACAUACCGUUGACUAGCUUGCCAAACUAAUCGAAUCGUCGAACUUUUGCCGGGUCGACAGUACGAUCGAUCGAACGGUACACAGGGGCAGUCCUUGACAGUGCAUCUUUAAUCUCGUUCGCGGAAGAGAUGGCAUCUGGAUCGCGAUUCGAAGCCGUCGUAAUGUCCUCUGAUGUCAAACGGGAUUGCGUGGCAACCGUCGAGGAAUUUUCUCCUUGUAAGAGCGUAAUGUGCUGGUUCAGGCCGUUGACAACGAUAGCCUGAUCGUAAAACAAGGGAGGCACGACUGAAAGAGAGGGAAAGUCCAUCAGCAAUAAACCAGGAUAAGAGAGGAGAAGAUACCAGAGGCAGCAUACGGACGGACGCGUUGUUAAAAGGUCUAUCGUGAUAACAUGAAUAAAAGAUAUAUGUAAAAAAAAAAGUACUAUCUUGUAACGUGUAAAGAGAAAACUACAAAAAACGAUAUAUAUAUAUAUAUAUAUAUAUAUAUAUAUAUAUAUAUAUACAUCUAUGAUCGAAAAGUGUGAAGAAAUUCGUUAAUCGAGCAGAAGCGGCGAGCUGUGCGCAGGUACGAGUCAGGGUAACAAUUUUCCACCUGCGGAGCGAGAUAGAGACGUGCCUGAUCCAAUACGUUCAGCAUCUACUCGCCUCGUCGUAUCGAAUCGCCGAGCUUCGAAGCGAAAACGGGAACAGUGUAACAACCGAUCACGUUCGAAUCACGUUUUCCUCCCCUCGAACGCCAGAAAAAUGUCGCGGCUGUCAUUAAUGGAAGUUUAAAGAGCAACUGCAUGCGAAAAAGAGGGAAAAAAGUCGCAACGCGAAUCGAAGAAAGGAGGAACGUAAGGAAAAAAAAAGAAAAAGAUAAAAUGGCGGAAAGCGCGGCAAGUCCGGGUUCCGUGCAGGUAGCUGCGAAUAGUCCGCAGCAACAACAGCAACAGUCGCAACCACAGCAACAAACUCAACAAAAUCAACAACCACCGGAUAUAAGCAGCUCGCAGUUGGCGUCUCCACCGAUCACGGGCACAGGUACGAAUAGGAAACGAUCGAGAUCUUCCGCCCAGAUCGAAAUAAUCCCGUGCAAGGUGUGUGGCGACAAGAGCAGCGGCGUUCAUUAUGGCGUGAUCACCUGCGAGGGCUGCAAAGGCUUCUUCAGGCGGUCUCAGUCGUCGGUCGUCAACUAUCAAUGUCCGCGGAACAAGAAUUGCGUGGUCGACCGUGUAAACAGAAACCGGUGCCAGUACUGUCGGUUGCAAAAGUGCCUACGCCUCGGCAUGUCUAGAGAUGCCGUUAAAUUCGGGCGCAUGUCGAAGAAGCAAAGAGAGAAGGUCGAGGACGAAGUUAGGUUCCACAAGGCACAAAUGAGAGCGGCCUCUGAGACAGCGCCCGAUAGCAGUGUGUUUGAACAUCAGACCCCAAGCAGUUCGGAUCAGCAUCACCCUUUCAAUGGCGGGUACACGUAUGGCGGUAGUGAAUACGCUUCUCCCGGCCCCGGCACGGGUGGGUCGGGUUAUUACAAUCAUCAAGCGAUGACGAACUACGAGCUUAGCGCCGACUACGUCGACAGCACGACGACCUACGAUCCACGACCGACGCAGACGCAGGUCGCGGACACUGUCGCCCCUGAUACGCCCUCCGCUGUCACCGCGACUGGGGUACUUCCCAGCGUGGUCACCACCGGGAAGUCGCUGUCUGCCUCGACGACCGGAAGCAGCACGGGGGGUAGUGGUGGAGGUAGUAGCGGCGGCGGAGGCGGUGGAGGCGGUGGUGGCGGUGGUAACGGUGGUGGAUCCGGUGGUGGUGGCUCGGGUGGUGGAGGGAGCGGUUCUGGCACCGGCGGUGGUGCGGCUGCCGGUGGCGGUGGUGGUGCCGGUUCCCUAAGCGGGGGUGGGAUCGUUGCUGUGAAGCAAGAGACCACCGUCGAACUGGCCAGCUUGGGCCACGGCUCGUACACGAUGGUCGACUCGACGACCUUUCUGAGCAGUCAGCAACAGAGGGUCAGCAAUCCAUCCGAGGACGACGAAGUGCCGAGUCUGCCCAGUAUGUCCCAUGCGAGAUAUCCGGCACAGAUCAGCGAGUUGCUCUCAAAAACGAUAGCGGAUGCACACGCAAGAACGUGUCUGCUGUCGACGGAACAGAUCCAGGAGUCUUUCCGGAAGCCGCACGAUCUCUCCAGAUUGAUCUACUACAAGAACAUGGCGCACGAGCAGCUUUGGCUUGAGUGUGCCCAAAAACUAACCACCGUUAUCCAGCAGAUCAUCGAGUUCGCCAAGAUGGUUCCUGGAUUCAUGAAGCUCUCGCAGGACGACCAGAUUGUUCUACUAAAAGCUGGUUCCUUCGAGUUGGCUGUGCUACGUAUGAGCAGGUACCUCGAUCUCCAGCAGAACUGUGUCCUCUACGGUGACACCAUGUUACCACAGGAUGCGUUUUACACGACGGACACGGCGGAAAUGAAACUUGUUUCUUGCGUGUUUGAGUUAGCCAGGAGUAUCGCCGAAUUGAAGCUUACGGAAACAGAGCUGGCGCUUUACAGUGCAGCGGUUCUUCUUAGUCCCGAUCGGCCGGGACUGAAAGGGCUCGCGGAAAUCACGAGACUGUCACAGGCGGUGAUCAGGGCGCUCAGGUCGGAACUGGAUCGUAACCACGUGUCGCCCAUAAAGGGCGACGUGACGGUGUGCGACGCGAUCCUCGCGAAAAUCCCACAGCUCCGGGAGAUUUCUCUGUUGCACAUGGACGCUCUGGCUAAAUUCAAACGGUCGCAGCCGCAUCUCGAGUUCCCGGCCCUUCACAAAGAGCUUUUCAGCGUCGACAGCUGAACGAUCGACGCGGCGCAGGGCGUCCCGACGUUGACGAACAAAGCGGUACGCGAGUAGCGCCGGGCCUUGCUCUGUCAAGAUUAUUUCCUUCGUAAUGAACGUAUUGGGCCUUAAAUAAACAUAACAUUGUUAUAUAUAAAGUAUACAUAAAAAGCAACAUAAAGUAUAUAUGAAAGAUAUAUAGAAGUAUAUAUAUAUACAUACAUAUAUAUAUAUACACACAGAUAUAAAAUAUAUUAUAUAUAGCGAGAGAAAGUGUACGAAGCGUGCGAGUUUGUGACAGGAAGAGUGUGUUACGAUUACGUGCGUGUGGGAGAGAGCGAGACGAAAAAUACGUGCGAAUGGAGCGAAUGAAAGAGAAAGAGAGCCGGAGACGACAAGGAAUUUAAAAAGAAAAUUAAGAAUUGCAGUAACAGAGGACGAGAGAAAGAAGCGUGUGAGAAAGAUAGCUGCGUGAUAAUAGAAUUAAUGAGAGAGAGAACUGAGAAAUAUCGGUUGUUAUGAUGAUACAUACAUAAAGAAGUAUAUAUAUUGUAUUAAUUAAAAUAAAGUAAAAAAAGUGGUUAAUUAAGGGCCCCGCCAGGACGGUCCACGGACGACAUAUAUAACAAUAUAUACAUAUAUCUAUAUUACGGGGGACUGGCGUGUACUAAAGAAUGUUGGUCGGGUCGUCGCUCGCGACAUAGAAACUGAAUACAUUUAAAUAAACGCAAACGGUGCAAAAGCAAAGAAUUACCCGAACGAAAUAGCGUCGACGAAGGGUAUCGGCGUUGUGUUCAGCUGGAGAUCGCAUCGAUGUUACGAGGAGAUGUCAACGCUAUAUAAAACAAAAUAGAUGAAACGAACGAAGGAAAUGGAAUGUAUGAACGAAAAAUGAAAUAAGGGAAAACGUCGACGCGAUGUCUAACUGGCCACGCUGUUCAACUCCUGCGUUAGUGGUUCGCAUAGUUCCCUCUGAGCUACUUUAGACUCUAUAUAUGUAUAAACACACACGCAUAUAUAUACCAUAAAUAUAUAUACAUAUUAAAAAGGGUGAAAAAUGAGCACAUUCCGGCGGCACGAUCAAGAUUCAACGGUCCCUGUGCUUAAAGAGAAGAUUUAAGAAAAAGAAAAAAAAGAGGUGAAACGCGAGAAUGAAAAUAUAAAAAGAGGAGUGCUAGAGAGACAUAUAUGUAUAUAUAUGUAUACAUGUAUAUAUGUAUAUACGAUAUAUACAUACAUAUAUAUAUAUAUAAAGAUAAAAUAAAGAAAAGAAUGGAACUUUUGUCCCUGGACCGGCCUGGCCGGCUCACGGACGCAACACGUGGAUAUAAAAAUGAAAAAAAAAGUACGAGAAACACAGGCACACGGAUACAUACACACGAUAUACACACACCUGCAGCGAGACUAAAAAGAAUACGACUAAAAUGGAACACUUUUACAUACACGAUGCCUGCGCGAGCGCGUAGAUAGAGAUUAAUCGAGGUAACAUUAUGUGCGCAUUAUAAACAUUUUGGUACUGUACGGCACUGUAUGACGCAUCUCUUUAUACGUAAACACGUACUUCUUAACUAAAUAAUAAUCCAUCGCCGCGGUGAAGCCUCUCGAAGCGUUUUUACGCACCGUUACCGGCAUUCCUCGCUUUCGUCGGCCAGAGGAUACUGGCUGGUCACCUAUCGUGUCACGAACGAGCGCGCGCCAAUUCGAUUUCCGUGAGGUCCGAACGAACAACUGCUUUUUGCAUUCUUUGAAUCGUGUUGUAAUCAUAGGAUCAUUUUCAGAGCGAUAAUUUUAAAUAUUAAAACAACCUCCUGAACAAAUUCGAUAUUUGAAGAAAAUUUGAUAAAAAUGAUUUGUUUAGUGAACUUUAAAUUUCUAUGAAUUUGAAUAUUAUACUAUUUAAUUUGAAAUGAAAAAAAAUCAGUUACACAUUAUAGUUUCGUUAAUAAUUGGAUACUAAUGUUAUACAACUGAUUAUACGAAAUUUAGUAUAUAUAAUACAUUUUGUUGUACUCGGUUAUUACAAGCCAUUUGCGUAAUUCCAUUCGAGAUUGUUUGCGCUUGUUGUGCCGUGUACUCUACUUUCUUUCUCAAAAUAUUUCUAGUUAGACAAAGACUACUUUAGGUAUUUGGUACUAAAUGCUAACAAUGUAAUAAUAUCUUCAGUACAAUAAUCACGUAUGUAAGUUUAAUAGAACUUCCAGAAAUAGAAAUUACAAAUUUCAUGAGUAACACGAAACAACGGUGUAAACAAAUAAAUCUGCUUCACCAUUUAAAAACACCAAAUAAAACCCCUCGGUCAAUUUUUAUGUUAAAUAAACGUUUUUCUAAAUCUUCUAAAAAAAAAAAAAAAAAAAAAGAAGAGAAAAGGCAAGAAAAUAAUAGAAACGGUGAUAAAAAUAGGAUCGUACAUGAAUCUCCAUUCCUUUCGUUGCUUUGACUAAAAAUAAGAAACAAAAGAAAUCUUUUAAAAUCCGCUAUCACAAACGAAUAUGAAUUAUCAGCGAAACACGGACUUCUCAACGAGAAAUAUUACGGAAAUCGCGUUAGCUCGGUGCUCGACGCAUGGACUGUAAAUGGAUCGUGAAGAGACACUUCGUGGAUUCAGUAUCAAUGUGAUGACGAUCAACGACCAAUAGGUUUUUUCUUUUUCGAGAGACGUCGUUUGUUGCGGCCGCACGUUUCACUUCGCUGUUAAAUCCGUUUUUUGUACGCGAUCAACGAUUCCGGUUAAAGACACACACAUUAGCGCGUUAGUUAGGUAUUAUUAAAUAUAGAGCCGGCCGUUUCUAUCGCAGAAAGGGAACGGUUGGGUCGUCGAUGAGAUGUUAUUGUUGGCGAAUAUCGUUAGACGCUUUAAGGAAAACGCGACAACAAUCGGGUGACUCGAUGAUUUUUUCAAAUCGAGAAUGAUGUCGGUCCUGUAUUUUCGACUUUCUAUUUAUGGCUCGAAAAAAUUCUAGCUCCGUUAUAAAAAAAAAAGCUAUGCUCCAAGAUCGUGUACCCCGUGAGUUAGUUGCGGUUGCGACGUUCUUCGUGAUUCGAUCCAUCUCCAAUCCGCCAGAUUGUGACUGUCGUCGAUUGAGCAGAGGAUAUUGUAUAGUUGAAUAAAUUGUAGUCUUGAUCUUCUUAAUCUCUAAAUAAAAGCCGCGAAUUUGUAUUAGAAUUAAACACUCGAAAUCACUGAAUAAUAUAUAAUGAAUAAUAGGAUAUUUCGUUAGUUGAAAAUUUUAAAGUCUGAUUCGAUCGAAAGAUGAAUAAAUUCCUCGCUAAAUUCUUCGCAAUAUGAAUAUUUACAUAUCUGACUGUUUUUUAAACAUCGUUGAUAAAUAUCUUUCAAACUUCGCGUUCGUCGUGAUGUCAGAUAAAGACAAAUGACGAUGACUGACUGUCCGUUAUUCAACUAUAUUAUUUCUUCUGCGCGUAUUCCAAACGCCAGCUCUCGAGAACGUCGAAUUAGCCAAGUUUUUAAGCCGCUAAGUUGGAGUUUCGUAGUGCAUCGGGAGCGUCGAUACUUUACAGUUAUAAAGUGUCCCACAUUUUUAGCGCAGCUUAGCAGACCGCGUAGCGUGACCGUAGUUGAUAGAUUUAAACAGAGUUUAUAGAUAAGUUUUCUUCACCGUAAAGUAUCGUCCGCGUCUCGUAACAAAAUCCCCUUCAAUUUAUUGUAAUUUAGCGUGACGCUUAAUCCCUCAAGUGGCGGCUCUGACUGCCCGAAUCAUCGUUCGUCGAACGAAAUAAUCGAGCGCAUUUUUUGUAUUCGCGAAGAUAAAAAAAAAAAGAAAGAAAAGAAAAAAAAUGGACAACUCACGUCAUGUUACAUUAACGUUUCAAUUGUUCACAGCGUUCACUAUUUAAUUAUAUUGUCGAAAGGACGCGCUGCUUAAGGGAUUAUUCGGUUUUUAAUCAUCAUUUCGUAUACUUCGACCGAGUUGAGCGACGUGUCGAGUGCAGACAAAAAAGGAGGUGUAACGAAAUAACGAAAUAAUAAAGUAAAAGGAAACGUAGCGACGAAAGUGCAAGAGGGAAACGUGGUAUUCUCAGACGAGACAUCGCUUAUUGAGACGUCGGAGACGCGAGAGUUAUAGCGAAUUGUGAAGAAAGAGGGAAGAAAAACAAAGGUGAGAAAAGAUAAGGAGAGGAAGGACGAGAGAAUGAAGUAAGUUAUAGGGUGUUAAGGAGAAAAAUAGAAAAAGGCAAGAAUGAAAGAAAGAGGAAGAACAAGAUACAAAACAAAUUGAAAAGGAAGAAGGCUCGACGAUAGCGAUGGCGAAUCCGUCACGGUGCGCCGACUGACACGUUUUCGGACGGUUUAAAUAUACUUGUAGCGAAAUUAAGAAAUGCAUAUUAUUCUGCCGAUUAACGAGUAAGUGCGUAGAAUUCGUUUAACUGUAGAUAAAGAAAAACACGUACACAGUCACGUACGCGCGAGUGCAAGAUACAUUACCACCUGUAAUCGUUCACCCACGACCACCAAACCCACCCAUAUAUACACAGCGUACAAAACACACAGGUACUGCAUAACAUGAAACAAACAAACAAACACACACACAUACGAACCUACAUACAUGCAUACACAGGCGUAAAUACAUGUACACAAAACAGUUACAUUACUUAGACAUCGGAAAUAACCGAAGUACGAUUUAAGAAACAAAAUAAUAAAACAAAAAGAUCACAAAAACGAAACGAAUGGAGGAGAGAAAGUGAGAAAGCGAGAGAGAGAGAGAGAGAGAGAGAGAGAGAACGAGAGCGAGAGAGAAAAGAAGAAUUAAAGAAAAAAAUUAAUGCAAAACACACACACACAAAGGCGCAACACGUACACGCGCACGCACGUUGCAAUUAGACGUUAUUAUCGCAAUUUGGAGUUAAAUUUUAUAAUAUAUAAUAUAUAAAAAUAUAUAUAUAAUAUAUAUAAAUAAAAGUUGACGGAUAAUAUAGAGUUAUAUUAAAUAUCGAUUAAAAAAAAAAGAAAAAA